UCCCGGGUCGCGGGCUCGGGUAUCGCGUGGUGGCACCGCCCGUGACCCGCUGCCUGGCUCGCCGCGCUUUGGAGGCUUCGCUGCCCCUCGGGCCCACCCUGUGCCUCGGCCUCCUGUGCACGGUGUGCCGGGCCCCGCCGCGCGGGCCCACCGGCUGGCUGAGGCUUCCCGCACCGAGGCCGGCGCAGUGACCCCGCCCCCGCGCCGAGGAUGUGAGGCGGGCCGGGCGUCCCAGCUCCGGGCCCGGGCGCCUGCAGUGGGCGUCUGGGACCGGGCGAUGGCCCUGCCUCCGGUGCUCCUAGUCUCCUGAGCCCUAGGGCAGUGAGGGGCGGGCAGGCGUGGGCACGCGGCCCGGACGCGGCGGGGGCCAGGGGGCUGUGGGAGCCAUGGAGGGGGUGCUGUACAAGUGGACCAACUAUUUGAGCGGUUGGCAGCCUCGAUGGUUCCUUCUGUGUGGGGGAAUAUUAUCCUAUUACGAUUCUCCUGAAGAUGCCUGGAAAGGUUGCAAAGGGAGCAUUCAAAUGGCAGUCUGUGAAAUUCAAGUUCAUUCUGUAGAUAACACACGCAUGGACCUGAUAAUCCCUGGGGAACAGUAUUUCUACCUGAAGGCCAGAAGUGUGGCUGAGAGGCAGCGGUGGUUAGUGGCCCUGGGGUCAGCCAAGGCUUGCCUGACAGACAGUAGGACUCAGAAGGAGAAAGAGUUUGCUGAAAACACUGAAAACUUGAAGACCAAGAUGUCAGAACUAAGACUCUACUGUGACCUCCUUGUUCAACAAGUAGAUAAAACAAAAGAAGUGACCACAACUGGUGUGUCCAAUUCUGAGGAGGGAGUUGAUGUGGGAACUCUGCUGAAGUCAACCUGCAAUACUUUUCUGAAGACCUUGGAAGAAUGCAUGCAGAUUGCAAAUGCAGCCUUCACCUCUGAGCUGCUCUACCGUACUCCCCCAGGAUCACCACAGCUGGCCAUGCUCAAGUCCAGCAAGAUGAAACAUCCUGUCAUACCAAUCCAUAAUUCCUUGGAAAGGCAAAUGGAUUUGGACAAUUGUGAAAAUGGAUCUUUAAAUAUGGAAAUAAAUGAUUAUGAAGAAAUCCUAAUGAAAAACAAGAGGUCCUUAUAUUUGAAAUCUGCAGAGACAGACUGUAGCAUAUCAAGUGAAGAAAAUACAGAUGAUAAUAUAACAGUCCAAGCUGAAAUAGUGAAGGAAGAGGGAGAGGAAAACCUGGGAAAUCAUGACAGCAACGUGGCACAGCUUGGGUCAGACUUCUCAAGUUGUGUUCCAGAACCCCACUGGGAAGAAGGCAAAGAAGUUGUCCCAACUUUCUUUAGUACCAUGAACACCAGCUUUAGUGACAUUGAACUUCUGGAGGACAGUGGCAUUCCCACAGAAGCAUUCUUGGCAUCAUGUUAUGCUGUGGUUCCAGUGUUAGACAAACUUGGCCCCACAGUAUUUGCUCCUGUUAAGAUGGAUCUUGUUGGGAAUAUUAAGAAAGUAAAUCAGAAGUAUAUAACCAACAAGGAAGAGUUUACCACCCUCCAGAAGAUAGUGUUGCAUGAAGUAGAGGCAGAUGUAGCCCAGGUUAGGAACUCAGCUACGGAAGCCCUCUUGUGGCUAAAGAGAGGUCUCAAAUUUUUGAAAGGAUUUUUGACAGAAGUGAAAAAUGGAGAAAAGGAUAUCCAGACAGCUCUGAGUUUGUGACCUUGGAAAAGUCACUACUUCUGGGUAUUCCAUAUCUUCAUUUGUAAAAGGAAGAGAAUUGGGCAAGGUGAUUGUCAAGGCUUCCUACUUGGAAAUUUUGACUCAGUUUCUGGGGAACUGACACAUCUCAAAGAACUGGGAGAAAGGUAUCAUUUAUGUCUUUCAGAGGCCAAAAAUACUCCCACAUUAUAGAACAUGAGUAAUAGUAAUGAACUGGUAUUAUAGUGAAGAUUAAUGUAUAUUUCAUUAUCUAAUCCUCUCUAAGUAACCAAAAUAAGUCAGGCUUAGACUUCAUGUUAUUUUAAUGCAGCUUCACAUGGCAGGAAUAUUUGUAGCCCUAGAAGUCAUGGUCUUGUUGGACCUAUCAGAACCUACCCCAAAUUCUGUGACUUCCUCUUCUCCCAUGACUGUGUGGCCCACACUUUGCCAGGUGGGACUCUUCUUCUGGCAAAGUACAGGCACAACAAGGAACAUCUGCUUCCUCCAGCCUGGCAAGGUGGGAAGACACAAAUCAUACUGCUGUACAGACAUUUCCUCAUUCUGAGGCCAGGGUGCCUGUGCUCUUUAGACUCAGUACCUGUCCUUCUUGUCUUCUUCCUAUCCUUUAGAAGAAAGUAUGUAGAAUGGCUUUUCUGAAUGGUUGACUUGAAUGGCAAAGUAUGGGAAAGGUACCCCAUGUAAGGUUCUCAGUGCAGGAAUAGCAUUGAGUCCAGAGCCCUUUUUAAACAAGCAGUUUGACCAAGUAUGCUCUGGAACUGAAGGCUCAGGGACCAGGACACCUAUGUCUGCUACAGACUGUAAAGUAUGUCAAGAAUGGAAGAAAAAGUAUCCAAUGUACUCAGCCCUACUAUGAAACUAAUUUAUAGCUUUCAUAUGAAAGCUAUAACCCUAUUACAGCACAAGAAUUUGGGGAAAGGGGAAGGGAAGGAUGGGUGGAGGGACGGUAAUUGGUGGGAUCACACCUACAGUGCAUCUUAGAAGGGUAUAGGUGAAAUUUACUAAAUGCAGAAUAUAAAUGUCUCAACACAAUAACUAAGAAAAUGCCACAAAGGCUAUGUUAACCAGUUCGAUGAAAAUAUUUCAAAUUGUAUAUGUACACCAUGGAAUAUUAUGCAGCCUUAAAGAAAGAUGGAGACUUUACCUCUUUCAUGUUUACAUGGAUGGAGCUGGAACAUAUUCUUCUUAGUAAAGUAUCUCAAGAAUGGAAGAGAAAGUACCCAAUGUACUCAACCCUACUAUGAGACUCAUUUAGGGUUUUCACAUGAAAGCUAUAACCAAGU